UCUGUGUGUGUGUGUGUCUCUCAGGAACAAUGUCAGGACCGAGGCCCGUGGUGCUGAGCGGCCCCUCCGGAGCAGGGAAGAGCACCCUGCUGAAGAGGCUGAUGAAGGAUCACGAGGGAGUGUUCGGAUUCAGCGUGUCACACACCACAAGGAACCCUCGACCAGGGGAGGAAGAUGGCAAAGGGCUGAACAAUCUCCCUAUGCUUCUGGGGGCUACUUUACUGCCCGUAGCAGACGUCUUUUCCUCCGAAACCUCAUUUUCGUGUCCAAACGAAUCAGAACCCACAGUUAAAGACUACCACUUCACAACGAGAGAGGCCAUGCAGGAGGGCAUCGACAACGGAGAGUUCAUUGAGAACGCAGAGUUUUCUGGCAACAUGUAUGGCACAAGUAAGGCUGCUGUGGAAGAUGUACGGGCUAAGAACCUGAUCUGCAUCCUUGACGUGGAUAUCCAAGGGGUGAAGCGGAUCAAAGAGACUGACCUGAACCCCAUCUACAUCUCCAUCCAGCCUCCAUCCAUGGAGAUCCUGGAAAAACGUCUGAGAGACAGGCAGACAGAGACGGAGGAGAGUUUACAGAAACGUCUCGAGGCUGCCCGCAUUGAUAUGGAGCUGAGCAAAGAGGCGGGAGUGUUUGACAUUGUUAUCGUCAAUGAUGACUUGGAGAAGGCCUACGAGGAGCUGAAAGAAAUCCUAAAUGAAGAAAUCAAGAAGGUUCAGGAGGCCAAAUGAACCAAUUACCCACUUGUUUUUCUGCUUGUGACUCUGAUCAGAAAGCCUGUUCCAGAGAAUGAAC